ACUCAUUUUGAUCAUCAUUUAUUUUGUUUUUAUUUUUCAAAUGUAUCCUCAGGAGUUUCUUUUUUGAACUUCUGUAAGUAGUUUAAAGCAGUAGCGUGUAGCAUAAACUCAUGUUCAGCCUUUUUUGGAGUUCAUUUGUCAUGCUUUGGAAAACCUUUCUAGCAUGGUAAGCAAGGCAGCUAGCUGCUGACAAAUAAAGCUGGACCAGCUGCAGUGAAGCUGGACGUUACUCAUCUCAGAUUCUCACAACUUCACACUGAUGCAUCCUGUUUUAUUUUUAGUGGAGAUGGCGAUUAGUUUAUAUGAAUAAUCAAAGAUGUUUGUGGAAUUGUCCCAUUCUGUUUAGAUUCGGAACAGAGAUUUGUUUCUGCCUGGACCAUUUUAAGUGUGACACACUCUGAGCCUGAUCGUAUUAGCAUGUGUAUCGUGUUAGCAUGUGUUCUAAAGUGGAAGGAUGUGUUUACUUGGUGAUGAUCUUUAGCUUUAGGCCUAGUCCACACGUAGCCGGGGUUUUUUUUAAACGAAUAUCCGCCCCUCCAAAAACUUGCAUCCACACCACCUCGUUUUUAAAAAAACUCUGUCCACACGUACCCGGUUAAAUACGUUGUUAAGGACAUGCCAGACCUGUAGGCGGCAGUACUUCCCCCGUUCUUAACCUCGUCCUUCGUCUGUGGUCUUCCGCAAGGAGCAGUAAUUCCGCUUGCAAGAACAAACAAGCAAAAAGCGCUUGGACAGUUGAUAAAGCGAGCGCAGCUCUGAGGGCAUCCAUGCUGUCGGCUAGUGAAAACACAGGUCGCACACGUGAUGUCAGCAUUGUUUUGUCGCGGAAAGUGACGUUGCGGACCUUAAAACUCCGGUUUUGUCUGUCCACACGCAGACACCCAAAACGGAGAAAACGCAGAUCUUCACUUUGGCCGGAGUUUUUAAAAAGAUUCGUUUUCGUGUGAAAAAACUCCGUUUUCGUGUGGAUGACAGGCCAAAACGUAGAAAAAUAUCUACGUUUUGGCAGAUCCCCGGCUAUGUGUGGACAGGGCCUGAGUUUGUUGGCAUAUCCAUAGCAGUGAGUUAAUUAGGUUAAUUGCCAGCUGUGUCAACGCAUGCACAAAUAUGAAUGAUCCAGUAUUUUUGACAAGAUCACAAUUUAUUAAAACCAAUAUUGUGUUAUUUCCGCUGAUAUUGUGUUGCAAAUCUACUUGCAUUCACUGGGAAAAAUGAAAGCAACAUUUCAUCUUAGCUUUUUCAACCUUCCAAUAAAAGAAUCAGCUGCUGUUUUUUUAUUGUUGUUGUUGUUGUUUCCAUAAGAGUAUUUGAAUGUUACCUCAUUAGUUUGAAUAAUUAUAAUAAAGCUUAAUUCGACAUAAUGAAAUUUAUACAUUAUACAAAAACAGAUUACUUUAAAAAGUGCAGUGUAUCUUUCUGCAGAACCACAGCACAGCUAAACACCAAAAAUCAGUUUUAUGUUUAUUCAGGUUUUUAUUUUCCUGUCUUAGGCUGCAGUAAAACAGCACAGUAAAGUAAUUCCUUCUUUCUUUUUUGCUGCAGGUUAAACGUAAGGGGUACUCAUAAAUCUUUCUGUCAUGUUCCCCUCCCUCACCCAUUGAGUGAGCUAGGAAGUAGUAGAAAACCAUGCAAAACAACAGUUCAAAUUGGCCACACUCACCUGUUUUAAUCUUGCCGUUUGGCUCGUAGCUUCAGGUGGUUUCUAUACUCUAAGUGACAGAGUGAUGUAUAACAUCCUGGUGCUGGUUCUGAGUUGUGCCUUUAAGUGAGCAGAGAGAGCGGCCAAGCGAGUCUCAGGGUGGGCAUUUAGCUCACCUGGUCAUUGUCUGUCUUUGUCCUGGGCCAGUGGAGAUGAAAGGGCAGAGCAAACGGGUUCUGUAGCCAAAACAAUUGAAGUAAUGGUAAGACUGGCACGGGGCCAACAGAGAGCCCCAGGCAAAGGUGCAACACUUUGUGAAGGAGGGAUUUUGUGUGCACCUCUCAGCACCACCUACAUGCAAACUCUUUUCACUGUUUCCAAACUCAGGAGAUUUGCAUAAUGCAGCCAUCUUCCAGCCUGCAUGGGCUGAUGGGGAAUCAUCAGCUGGUUUUGUUUACAUCCGUCUCAGUCUAGUCAUUGUUUUUUUCCAGAUGAGCUGGUAAACAUAAAAAUAAGCAGGCUGUACAUCUACAGGGGCAGGAAAAAAGGAGGAGAAUGUGUAGAGCUGAAGUAGUCAGACAGGUAGGAUCAGCUCUGGGUUGGGGUGGAGUCAGGGUUUCCAUGGUGAUGCGUGAUGUCACUGCUGGAGGGGUUCAGUUUACUUGCCGGUAGAAGAGAAGUGUGUGUGUGUGAGUGAGGGAGAGCUGCGCGGAGGAGCGAGCCAUGGAUCUGAAGGUGGUUUGGAGACAUCAUGGCUCUCUGUACGUAAAGCGCACCGAGGAUUAAAAAAAAGAAAAGUUUUUUUUUACGUGAAAAGGAAUAAAUGCGUCACUGUCGGUGCGAUCCUAGGGACUAAAAGAGCAGAAGUCCGAAGCACGGGCCCAGCCCCCAACCGAGCGUUGGCGACCAGGUCGACCAUCUUUCCUUGGCGUCUGUAGAAUCACUGGACACCAUGUCUGAGACAGAUGCACCUACAGCCUUUACCAGGGGCAGUCGGAUUCGUGCCAGCCUGCCCGUCGUUCGAUCAGCCAACCAGACAAAAGACCGCUCUCUAGGCGUUCUGUAUCUUCAGUACGGGGAUGAGACCAAACAGAUCCGCAUGCCCAAUGAGAUCACCAGUAUCGACACCAUCAGAGCUCUGUUUGUCAGUGCCUUCUCGCCACAGCUCAGCAUGAAGAUGUUGGAGUCGCCCAGCGUUGCCAUCUACGUGAAAGACGACAUGAGGAAUAUGUACUACGAACUUGCUGAUGUCAGGAACAUCACAGACCACUCCUGUCUGAAGGUGUACCACAAAGACCCAGCACAGGCGUUCAGCUACGGGCCCCGGCCAGCCAGCGGUGAUGCCAGGAUGCACAGUGAGAUGGCACAUGCCGCCCGUGAUGGUCAACACCCUCUACGCCAUCCGCCUUUGGGUCCCCCAUCACACCAUUCGAUGCAAGGAGCACUCCCCCCGACUCCACACUCCAUGCCUCCAUCCCCUUCCAGAAUCCCGUUUGGCCCAAGACAGAACUCUGCACCUGGGAGCGCUACAAUUCCAAGAGAUCGACUGUCUAACGCUAAUCCUCAGGUGCGCGCCAUCUCUCCUUGCCCCAGUGCUAUACUCGAGAGACGGGAUGUCAAGCCGGAUGAGAACUUAGGUGGGAAGAGUCACAGUCUAACCAGGGGGAAUGAGGGGUUGUAUGCAGAUCCAUAUCUGCUCCAAGAGGGACGAAUUGGGAUGGCCGCGGCCCAUGGACCACACCCCGGCCCCGGACUUGAUAAUGCAGAUCAUGGAAUGGGAGGGUUUCACCGUGCCUCCAUUCGCUCAACAGGCUCUUAUGGUGGGCCCAGUCCUACAGACCCCAUGGAUCACCCAUCACUUUACAGGCAGAAGUCCAGAAAUAGCCAGCUGCCUUCUUUGGGUUCUAAGACUCCUCCUCCAUCCCCUCACCGGAUGACAGAGGUACGGGUGAUUGAUAUCCAAGGCAUCCCCCCUCAUGGCAUGCCUCCUCCUGGUGUUCCACCUCAUGGUGUACCACCUCAUGGUAUGCCUCCUCCUGGUGUUCCUUCUCAUGGUGUACCACCUCAUGGUAUGCCUCCUCCUGGUGUUCCUUCUCAUGGUGUUCCACUGGAGAGGAGCUCACCAGUGCGCCAGUCCUUCAGAAAGGACGACGUUACCCUGGUUAAGCCCAGGAACAGCGUGGGAUCACCUGUGAUUGCAGAUACUCAAGUUUUCUCCCAGAGUCCCGUUCCAUCUCCAAGUGACCAACAGCGAAUGAAGGUUAUGGAGCAACAGAUUGCCAGCUUGAGUGGUCUUGUUCAUCAUGCACUUUUAAAGAACCCAAACACUAGUGGCAACAAGGCACCUCUAAGCGAAAGACCACCGAAGACCUCGUCUCCGGCCCACAGUGUUCCCAGUUCAGGUGGUUCUCCAGUCAUGGCUCCUAAAAACACUGCAGCACCACCAGACAAGAGCGUAGCUCCUGUCAAAAUGAACCUCCUGCACUUCAAGAAAAAUGUUUCUGAUCUCAGGAUGCAGCUUCACCAGAUGAAACAGCUGCAGCUCCAAAAUCAGGAGGUGUUACGGGUGCAGCUAAAGCGGGCCGAGCAGGAAAUCAGUAUUAAACUCACAGAGGCCAUGCGGCGACUGGAAGACCCUGUUCAGAGACAGCGAUCUCUGGUGGAGGAGGACAGGCAGAAGUACUUGGGUAUGGAGGAGCAGGUCCUCACACAGCUCAGUGAGUUGGAACACUACGUAGGUUCUCUACAGAAAGAUUCCCCAGCUACACACAGAGCUGUGACCUUAAAGGAUGUGGAGGAGGGAGCUAUGACUCUGAGGAAGGUGGGGGAAUCUCUGGCAGGACUUAAAGGAGAAUUCCCAGCCCUGCAAACCAGAAUGCGAGCUGUGCUCAGGGUCGAAGUGGAGGCUGUGAAGUUUUUGAAGGAGGAGCCUCAUAAACUCGACAGCAUGCUGAAACGGGUCAAGAGCCUGACUGACUCCCUCAGCACUCUGAGAAGACGGGCAACAAAUGUUUCUCAGAAAGGACUCAGUUCUAAUAAUAUGUCAGUUAGUAAUGGUGAUGCUGCAGCUGCAGAAGCUGCUGCUGCGGACGCUCCACCUGCGUUGGUCCAACAGCACGACUCAACUCCAGCUACACCAGAGCCUCAGAGCUCCACAGUCAGAUCUGAGGUGAUGCCCUCUUCUCCUGUGGUCAUCCACCAUGUUCAGAGUUCCCUGGUCCACAUGCAGCAUUCCCAGCAAUCUGCAGCCCUCACCACUCAGCCCAGUCCUCCCCUCACCCCAAGCCCGACUCUUAUCUCCAGCCCCAACCUGAGCAAGACUCACAAGGUGGAUACUCUCAAAGGGGCAACUUCAGAUCCGCAGAGUCCUGUCCGCCAUAAGAAGACUCAUGGAAACCUGGUCAAUAACGGCAAUGGCAAUCCCCACCAGGGUCUUGUUAUAGAGGAGCUACAGAACAGUCAGGACAAAAACAAAAACAGAGCCAUGUCCAUAGAGGCUAAAGAGAAGGAAUGGGAGGAGAAGAGGCAGAACAUGGGUCAUUACGAUGGAAAGGAGUUCGAGAAGAUCCUUCUGGAGGCCCAGGUCAACAUGAUGAAGGGAAUUCCAAGUCUAGAGGUAGAAGAAAACCAGCCACUGCCAGUUGCCGGUAUCGUGGAACAGGGGAACAUUCCCAGCCCUGUUGAGUCACCAUCAGAGGAGUUUCAGUUGGAAAAACCAAUCAAGAAGGGGUUGGAGAAACUUCCAAAGCCUCCAAUGGAGAAAUCCACCAAGCCAGCACCAGAGAGACCCUCAAAAGUUUUCAUUAAACAAGCAGCUGUUGAAAGUUUGCCCAAACAGGGUUCCGACAAACCCAAUAAGUCCCCACCGCCUCCUCCUCCAAGGAAAGGCUUCUCCCCCUCCAGCUCAGGCAUGACCACAACCCGUUCUGGGGAGGUGGUGUACACCACCAGAAGGGGGAGCAUCUCAGCACAGGAGAGUGAGGAGAACGCUCCACCUCCGUCUCCCCAACCCAAGCCCUCAAAGAUUCCACCGGAGACCAGGUCGAAGCCUGCCACACCUCCCCUUGUCACUGCUUCUGAUACUAGAGAAGAGGAGGAUGAAAGCGACAAGUUCAUGGCAGAACUUCAGGUGUUCCAGAAGUGCACAGUUAAGGAAGUAGAGGGGAAGUUUUUGAUUGAACCCCCUACUCAAACUGAACCCCAAAUCAAAGAAAUAAGACCAGGAACAUUGUUACCCCUCAAAGAGAAAAAGCAGAGCUCAGAACCCAGCCGAGAGGACAAAGACCCAGAGACAGAUGAAAAUGGAAACACAACAAUGCGUCAGAGCCAAGGGGUCAUAUAUUACGUGACUGGCCAGAUUCCCAAAGAUCAGCCACCCUCGUUGGCACUGGAAGGCGCCCCAGAAAACAGAGAGCCCUCUCAGCCUCCAACACAGGUGUCACAUGUCACUGUUAAUGACAAUUCUCCAAGCCAGCAACAGCAGCUGCCGCCUCUGUCUCCACCACCCAAAUCACCCGUUACGCCUCCACCCAUAUCACCUAAACCCGUUGGACUCAAUGGGUUCAAGUUGCCAAGGAAGCAAGUCAAACGUGCUGAAUCCUUAAAGACCACAGCAGAAAUGGAGGAGAAAAUCCUUAACAAGACGAACACUGAAAAGAAAAGCAAAAUUCGUUCAGUGAAUGUUUCCUUUAAUAAAAACAAGACACCUUUGCAAGUGGCGGCUAAAACAGCCAAUCCUCUGAAAGAGGCACCCAAACAGUUUGUUCCUCCACCCAAAAAAACUUCAAACAACAAAAGUGAUAUAUUUAGAACACAUUUUGAAGAUGGUAAUGACGGAGCAGGUCUUAGUCCAGAUUUACCUGAAGAAGAAGCACCUCCACCUCCAGACAACAUUGCAUUUAUGAUCACCAACAGCAAGGUACAGGCCCUGUCUUGUGGCGAGUACCAAGAACUGGUCACUGCCAAGAAAGGGAGUGUCGAGACAGUUACUGUAGGCAGUGCAGGAAACAGAGCAAACACCACAGUUGAUCCUGCUGUGCCACAGGACAAUGGCAUUAACAAGAAGCCAGUCAUCAUCAUCUUUAAUGAACCAAUGGAUAUUCGCUCAGCAUACAAACGCCUCUCCACCAUUUUUGAAUGCGAGGAGGAAAUGGAGAGAAUGCUUGCCGAAGAGACUAUUAAAGAGGAAAGUGAGGAGUCCGACACAGAGCGUAAUUCUGGAAAAGCUGGAGGUCCUGAGUUGGCUUUUGGUUCACAGAGUUCUGCAGAUCACACCAGGUCAUCAUCCUCAUCUUCAUCCUCAAUAUCAGAACUAGCAGAUGGUGGAGCGAAUGCAGUGUCAAAUGGAGAUGCCAAACAAGAUGGUAAGAAGAAGUUCAAGUUCAAGUUCCCAAAGAAGCAGCUGGCAGCAUUGACGCAGGCGAUUCGCACUGGCACCAAGUCUGGAAAGAAGACGCUACAAGUGGUGGUGUAUGAAGACGAGGAGGAAUCUGAUGGUACAGUCAGAGAACACAAAGAGGCAAAGAGAUUUGAGAUUACACGCUCAAAAUCAUUAGCGGACGCUCCAAAGGAAUCAGGACCUACCACUCAAAAGGAUCAGAACUCUGAUAACCUUUGUAGGACAGAUGAGAUUCGGAAGAAUGCCUACAAGACCCUGGAUAGCCUUGAGCAGACAAUUAAGCAGUUAGAAACAACUAUUAGUGAGAUAGGACCACGCUCCAUCGAGGAGCCAGGCAGCACUGAAGACACUAAGACAAGGAAUGGGAAAAACUCAGAAGGGGCUGGGCUGAGGAGGUCCACUUCUCUCCCUACCUCAAGAGCACAUGGGCAUAAGGUAGCCAACAAAAAUUCAUUGCAGAAGAAGACUAAACCUCAACUACUUCCUCGUCCUGUAGUCAACCCUUCUACCAACAAUACCACCACAACCACCACCACCAACAGCACUGUCCUCAGUGUUCCCAGCACCCUACAGCAGAACACCAGUGUCGCUUCCCCUACUAGUCGGAUGCCCGUCCCUAUGUCUGCAAAGUCCAGGCAGUCGCCGGCUACAAGUGACAAAGCAGGAAAACAGCAAAAACUGCAAGACGGUCAGAGGCAGUUUCGACAGGCUAACGGAAGUGCUAAAAGAGUGGGAGGGGAUCAUAAAACUACUUCCCCCACUAUACCCGUUUCUAAAAUCCCUGCUUUUUAUCCUAGCUCUACUAAAAGCAGCUCCCAGUCUACGCAAAACUCAGAUGCUACUAAUCCCAUUAACCCGUGUUCCUCCUCCACCUCCUCUACCUCUGCAAUGAGAUCCUCCAUCCUGUCCUCUCAUGCUACUCGUUCCGGUUCCCUCACCUCCUCCCAUAUCCCCUCACUGUCUAACGGAUCCCUCAAACUUCCCGCACCUUCACAGCACACAGGUAAAGCUGUCUCGUUCUCCUCACAGACUCAGAAUGGUCGAGUGCACUCCUCCUCCUCCUCCUCCUCUUCAUUCUCCUCCACCUUCUCCCCCUCCCCUCUGUCACCCACACCAUUGGGCCCAGGUGGGAAGAGCAUCCGCACCAUACACACCCCCAGCUUCACCAGCUACAAGUCCCACAACGGCAGCAGCGGAAAGUCCUGCAUCCCAUCAGCCACAGCAGCUAAGGACACAACUUAGCCCCAUAAUCGCCCCUCGGGUAGACCUGAUUGAUCUUCGUGUAAGAAAAAAAUUGGUUCUGGUUAAUUAUUUUCUAUUUUUCUACGUAUUAAUGAUGCACUCCUGUAAUUCUUAUCUCCGACACUGGCUUUCGCACACUGCUUAUUCUCUUGCCAGGGUAUCCGCGGGUCCUUAAAAAGUCUUGAAAAGUUUUAAAUUUGCUUUUCCAAAUUUAAGGCCUUAAAAAUCCUUAAAAAUGACAAAUAAUCCUUAAAUAGUUCCCAAAGGUCUUAAAUUACCAAAGACCCAGUAAACAAGAUUCUUUUAUUUCUAUAAAAUUUUCGUGAAUUUUUAGUUAGUAUUCAGCAUUUUUUGUGUAUAAGCACAACCGUACUCAUUCAGUUGGUUGUCGAAAGGGGUUAUUUUUAGAUUAGCGCAUUAGCUGGUUAAGCUAGUGGGAGCUUGCGUCAUGGGGAGGUGAAAGUUUAAUGGUAACUGGAUGGCUAAUCCCACGUUGGCGACAUGGUUAGCACCGGUUCCAGGCAAUAGCUGGAAAUUAUAGCUUAAAUUAAAUUUAAAAAAAUAGCUUAAAUUUGGUCAAAGUGGCCUUAAAAAAAGGUCUUAAAAAGUCUUAAAUUUGGCUCCCUUAGACCUGCAGAUACCCUGCUUGCGUCAUCAGUUCUCUUUUUAAAUCAUUGAUUUUAUCAAUACCAGAUGUUCUGACAAAACAUUUUAUAAUACAACUAAGAAACUUGUUAGUUUUUAUUUUGGACUUUGUAGUUCAAGUGUCCUGAAGAUAUAUUUUCUUGACGUAGUCACGCAUAGGCAAUAGAAAGAUGAUUCACAAUCAAAUAAAUAUCAUGUAAACUUAAUUUUAUUUUGAAAGAAGAUAUUGGAUAAAUGUAGUAUAUUUUAUAUUUUUUCAGUCAACAGACAUUCAGACAGCCCUUGUUAAUGCUUUUAAUGAAUUUAUACAAAAAUGUGCAUGCACAUUUAAAAAUAAACUCAUAAUUGUAGAUUUCUCCAAGUAUUUCUUUAUUUGUUCAUCUCUAAGAACUGCCACUUUAUUUUACAGAGUUGAAACUUCUCACCAGUAAUAAAAGUUAUAAUUUUAUUGUGCCUAUUUGCCAAAGUUGUUGCAUAUGGACUCACUUCUUGCCUAACUCAAUCAUGUGAGGACUUUACAUGCACUCUCUCAGUGUGACGGCUGAAGUGUUGACUGUUCUGCUGGUCUGGAUUUGUUAACAUGUAUUGUUGCUGUUAAUGUAACCCGUACUGAAAUCAAACCUGGCUCACAUGUACAUAAAGUAAAUGCUUCUACUAAGAAAAUGAGUAGUUUUGUUAACAUACCAAGGUUUAUUUGUAUGCAUGCCUUUGGAAUACUUUAGGAGAGUGAUGUAAAAGAAUACAUUAUGUUUGCACAGAUAGAUUUUUGUAAAUAUGUUGUUUUCGUUUUUUAAAUUUUUUUUUGUAAAGCUUUAAAUCCUGAUAUAAAUGAGCAAUGUGUUAAAGAAAAAAAAUGGUGUUAGCAAAAAUAAAGACUUGCAUGCGUGUAGUGCACUGAA